UCUUGCAAUCUCUUAGUGCUUGAGAGAAUGGGUAAUCUCUUGGUGCCUGAGAGAACGGGUGGAUUGCUUCUGCAAAAUGCUUCUGCACUUGUUUCCCAUAGCUCGCCCCAAAACCAAGCAUCAGUAACAGCGUCUAUUCCAGAGUCUAAACCAAAGAAGAAAAUAUGCUGUGCUUGCCCAGAGACUAAGAAGCUUAGAGAUGAAUGCAUUGUGGAGCAUGGUGAAGAGACCUGUGCAAAAUGGAUUGAGGCUCACCUUCAGUGUCUUCGAGCUGAGGGCUUCAACGUUUGAAAUAGAUACACUACACUGAGCUGAUAAAACAAAAUCAAUUUUUGAGGUACAGACUAUUUAUUUUAAAAGUACUCCAGAUGGUUUGAAUCUCAGGACAUAAGGAAAUAACAUUUUUUGACGGUUUGAUACGGUCUGUUUCCGACCAAACAUUUUGUUGAAUUUUUUUCUUUUGAUGUUAUAUCAUACCUCUAUAAACAAACUGUGAAAUUGGCA